GGAGGCUUCCAGCCGGCAAGCAGAAGCCCGGCGAUCCGAUGGGGUCGCCCAGCACCUCGGGGCCCGAACGCGGUCAGACGUCGAACGCGGAAGGCGGAGAGGAGUUGUACAUCUGUUCCGAGUGCGGGCGAAGCUUCAGCCAGCUGUCCGAUCUGUCAGGGCAUCAGUGCUGCCUGGUGGAGGGGAAGGCCCGGCAGUUCGGGGCCUCGCUGGGUUGCCAGCCCGAGGAAGGGCCGCUCCGGUGCCCCGAGUGCGGGGCCGGGUUCAGGAGAGCCCUUCGCCUGACUGAGCACCGGCGGCGGACCCACGGCGGCGAGAGGCCGUUCGCCUGCCCCAAGUGCGGGAAGGGAUUCGCUCGCUCCGCUUCCCUGCUGGCGCACCAGCGGGCGCACGCCGGUAGUGGCUCGUUCGUCUGCUCGGUGUGCGGGAAAGCCUUCGCUCAGCCGUCCCACCUGCAGACCCACCAGCGGGUCCACACCGACGCCAGGCCCUUCGAGUGCCCCGACUGCGCCAGGCGCUUCAAGAGCUCCGGCGAGCUGAUGCGCCACCGGAGGGUCCACACCGACGAGAGGCCAUUCCGGUGCCCACACUGCGGGGCGGGCUUCCGACGGUCAUCCCACCUGGCCGCCCACCAGCGGGUCCACACCGGGGAGAGGCCUUUCCAGUGCUCCGACUGCGGGAAGGAGUUCACCCACUCGUCUAACCUGCUGACCCACCAGCGUGUCCACACCGGCGAGAGGCCGUACUCCUGCUUGGUGUGCGGCAAGGGCUUCACUCGCUCCUUCAACCUGCUGACCCACCAGCGGGUCCACACCGGCGAGAGGCCCUACACCUGCUCUGUGUGCGGCAAGGGCUUCAGUCAGUCCUCCCACCUCAUGAGGCACCAGCGAGCCCACCAGCAGUGACAGUCCAAAGAUUGUGUGGGUUAGGGUGGAUUGGCCGUGCUAAAUUACCCAUAGUGCCCAGGGAUGUGCAUGUCAGGGUGGAUUGACCAGGCUAAAUUA